AUGUCGCUCCCCACCAUCCUCGUCGCGCUCACCAGCGCUCUCAUUCCGUUCACCUCGGCCGUCCCGACCGCCUCUGGAUCAGGGUCGCAACAGCAAAAGCGUCAACAGGCCAUCACCCCCGAGACCUUCCAGGUCGUUGGGAACAGUGGUGUGUCAGCUCAGAUGAUGUUCAACCCUGGUGUCGGUGACAAGGUCUACAUCAUCGACAAGACCGAGAACAACCCCCUGACCGUCACCUCGGAUUCCGGUCGGACCCACCCCGCUUGGGCCGUAUCGUACGACACGAUCACCAACGAGGUCCGAGCGAUGGACGUCGAGAGUAACCCUUUCUGUGCCGGAGGAAUGUCGUUGGGUAACGGAUCGUGGGCCGUCUUCGGUGGAAACCAGCCCAUCACGACGGGCGGUGCUGCCGUUGCCGAUGAGGGUGUCUACUCAGACACCGAUGGAGGUGCUGCCAUCCGAGUGCUCGAACCCUGUGCCGACGAUUCGUGCGAGUACCGUCAAGGUACUCAAACCUUUAUUCGAAAGGACAUCGACGCCAACAUCGGUGGAUACCUGCAGAUGACCGGGAACCGAUGGUAUCCCACCGCCGAGGGAUUGGAGGACGGAAGCUUGAUCGUCAUCGGAGGAGACAACAACGGUGGUUACGUCAACACCGUCUUGCAGGACAACCCGACGUACGAGUUCUUCCCUCCCAAGGGUGACGGUCAGGCCAUUCACUUGCAAUGGUUGGCCGACAACCUGCCCGUCAACCUGUACCCCUUGACUUGGAUGUUGCCUUCAGGCAAGCUCUUCAUGCAGGCCAACUUCAGCACCAUCCUGUACGACUGGCACACCCAGGAGACUACCAACCUCCCUUGGAUGCCCUACGCCGUCCGAGUCUACCCCGCCUCGGCCGCCUCGACUAUGUUGCCCUUGACCCCUGCCAACAAUUACACGGCCACCUUGCUCUUCUGCGGAGGAAGCAACCCCUCCGACUGGGGUUCGGACGGUGGUGUCAAGACCAACAUCACCGCCGUCACCGCCGAUGACUCUUGUGUCAGGAUCUCGCCCGACGAUGCCAACCCCAAGUACGAGGAUGAUGACUUCUUGCCCACCGGCCGAACCAUGGGUCAAUUCGUCUACCUGCCCGACGGUCAGCUCUGGAUGGGUAACGGUGCUCACAUGGGUACCGCCGGAUACGGAGACGAGGGUUGGGGUCUCGGUAUGUCUUACGCCAGCGAGCCCAUCUACCAGCCCGGUCUCUACAACCCCAACGCUGCCGCCGGUAGCAAGUGGAACUGGAACUUGGCCGCUUCGACCCAGGAGAGGUUGUACCACUCGACCGUCGUCUUGCUCAAGGAUGGAAGUCUGUUGAUCUCGGGAUCCAACCCCAACGCCGAUGUCUCUACCAAGCAGUGGGCCACCAGCUACUCUGUCGAGAGGUGGUACCCCAGCUGGUACAACGAGGCCAGGCCCGGUAACCAAGGUUUCCCCGAGACCUUGAGCUACGGCGGUGACUACUGGAGCAUGACCUUGAACACUACCGACGAGGCCACCGUCAAGUCCGCCAAGGUCAACGUCAUCCGAGGAGGUUUCUCCACCCACGCCAUCCAGUUCGGUCAGCGAUUCCUCGAGCUCAUCACCUCGUACGAGAUCGACCAGGAGGCCGGUACCACGACCCUCUACGUCACUCAGAUGCCUCCCAACGCCGCCCUCUUCACCCCCGGGCCGGCCAUGUUGUUCUUGGUCCUGGACGGCGUCCCAUCUCACGGUCAAUACGUCAUGGUCGGAUCCGGUCAGAUCGGUGACCAGCCCAUCGCCACUGCUGCCACCUUGCCCGCUUCGGGCAUCAAGCAGGCCGCUGCCAACACCACGACCAGCGCCGGUGGGGCCGCUGUCACCGGUACCAAGGCCGAGGCGAGCUCGAACACCAACGCUGCUUCUGCUACCGUCGGCUUGCCUUUGGGCUUGUCGAUGGUCGCUGGGCUCGUCGCCGUUUGGUUUGCGCUCUAA